GGUAGGGUAAUUCCAGGUGUGCACUCCGUGCAUGGAGGAUGCUGAGGCACAGAAGGCGGAACUUGAAAUCCUUGAGUCGAUUUUCGGUGAUCUGAUCUACUUCGAAGGCGAGGAUAAAGUGCGAAUUUCGUUCGAUGGAGAUGUCCGCCUCUUUGUCAAGCUGCCGAAGGCAUAUCCAUCGCAGGAGCCCGCCCUUUACGAGCUUAGUGGUCCUUCUCUCACAAGAGAUGAUAGGAUAGAGCUGGAGAAUGCCGUGAAUGAGACGUGGCUGGAAAACUUAGGCACUCCAAUAUUAUAUGCUUGGAUUACUGUAAUCAAGGAAUUUCUUGAGGCUAAACAACAGAGAAAUGAAGAGAAUGAGGCAUCAUCUGAUUCUGUGGGAACAGUGGUAUUAGUGCCAAGCGAAGUAGACCUAGUCCCAACUAUUUAUCAUGGCGACGUUUUCACCGAUAGGAAAAGCCACUUUCAAGCCCAUCUUGCCAGAGUUUUCAGCAAGGACGAGGUCACACUGGUUCUAGAUAGGCUACUAGAAAACUCGAAAAUCAGUCGAGCUACCCAUAAUAUGUACGCCUAUCGAAUAACGGAAGUACGAGAUGGACGCGAGAUUCGUUUGCACGAUUGCUUCGAUGAUGGCGAGACUGGAGCCAGCUCAAGAAUGUUGGAACUUUUAGAGAAGAUGAAUGCAAAUAAUGUUCUAGUGGUAGUAUCAAGAUGGUAUGGAGGGAUCCAUCUGGGGCCGGAUCGGUUUAGGCAUAUAAAUAAUUUGACUCGGGAAAUAGUAUCCAUGCAUGGCCUUGAUUCACGAACUUCGAAUAAGUGAACAUUUACGCCUCAUCCAUUUCAUUUGUUUACUAAUAUAAUUUCUCAUAUUUUUACCACAGUCAUAAUUUCACGUUGAUAUUCUGUGUACACUACAUUACAGCUAUGGAAAAAUGACCUUAGCUUGGUCAGUACCCUGACAGUUGAUUCUUCAUAAUUAUAUUAGCUUGUGAUUCUUCGUAUCUCUGUACUGGUUUUCAAGGGUGAAAUGGUGUACAAAAAGCACUUGUAACAAUCAGUCUAACUACUUCAAUUCUCGUGUUAAUUCAUUGUUUCUGUAUAUAGCAACAGAUUGGUGAUUUCGUGUUUCUUUUACUUUUCAUUCAAAUUGCUCAUGCACUUGCUCAAACAUCUAUCAUUUCAUUUAAUUGUGAUUGAGUAAAUCUAGUCAUCUUAUCGUAAAACCCUAUUUCUUAAAACUCCCAUCUACUCACGAUUCGCAAUUAGCUUACGAUUAGGUCCAUAUGUGGUGAUGGGGUUGUGCUGAUAUCUUUGUGUUACCUUUUCUAGUUUGGGAAAUUCCAUAAAUAAAUGUAAGUAUCAAUAAUGGAAGUUAUAAACAAUAUGAAUAAAUUUUCCUCCUA